AUGUCUUCCAUCAAGAGCAUUUUCGCCAUCGGCCUCCUGGCCACCGCCGACAUUGUUGCCGGACACGCUGCCAUCAUUGCCGCUACCGGUGACGCCGGCGGAAAGGGCAUGGCCCUCGGCAUUGAUUCCAGCACCCCCCGUGAUGGAACCCGCCGCAACCCUUUCCAGGCGGACAGCACUCGUUUCAAGGGCGACGCAGCCGACACAUUCGGCGAGACCGUCGGCGCCGGUACAAACGAUCUCGAGACCGGCACCAAGGCCAUGAUGGCCGAGACCGGCACUAUGCUCCCCCAGGUCUCUGCUGGCGGCUCUGUCGAUAUGACUCUGCACCAGGUCAACGGUGACGGUGGUGGCCCUUACGACUGCAUGAUCAACGCUGACGGCACUGGCGCCGCCUGGACCAACAUCAACGUUAUCACCACUCCCCCGGGCGAGAACUCCCGCAACCGUGACGGCGCCAUGACCGACUUCCCGCUCAAGGCCGCCAUCCCUGCCGACCAGACCUGCACAGGUACCGUUGCUGGCCAGUCCAACGUCUGCUUGGUUCGUUGCCAGAACGCCGCUCGCGCCGGUCCCUUUGGCGGUGUCGUUCCCGUCCAGAUGGCUGGCACCACCACGCCGGCUGCUGCUCGCCGUAACCUGAUGCUCGCCGUCAAGCGCUCCGACGAGCUCCUCAAGAAGAUGAUCAAGCGUGCUCAGACCCCCUCUGCGGCCCCUGAGGACGACCCCGCUUACCUGGCCGAGCUCCGCGCCGACGGUGAGGAGAUUUAA